GUGGACAUGAAGACAAAAACCAAUACAUUCCAGCACUUACUGGAACAAAUGGCCUCAGCGGGUGUCAUCGAUGAUAGCAUCGUUAAAAAUUUGCUUGAAAAAAGAUCGCAAUCACUGAUGUUGUACUGUCCCGAACUCUUCCAAAUGUUCGCACAAACGUCAACUACACCCGUCCAUCAACCACUUAUUUUACGUGCAAAUUCUGCGAAACUGGCUGUUGAUAAGAUAUUAAGACAGACGAAUAAUGCAGUGAUAAAUGUCUUGCUGAAACUUGCUAGUGGCAGUGGAGGACUUUUCACAUUUGAUUCUGUUUGUGCAUCAUUUUGUGCCGAUGGAAAUUUGACAUAUUUUAGCUCAAAACUUGCAAUGAUCAAUGCUCAAAGUGAACGAGCCUCAGAGGGACAAGAUAUGGACGAUGGACGCCAACGGGCUCUUGCCUUUAAUCUAUCAUUCAUUUUGCUUACUCGAAUGCGUUUUAUAUACAAUGAUCUUCGACCAAGUGAAUUGGUAAGUGGGACACUCCGGGGCGCGGACAACACCCAAUCAUGCUUCUACAAAUUCGCAUCACAGUACGGAUGGACAGCAGCUGAUAGUUGUAGCACACCGAUUACUUACACCAGUGACCAGAAAGCUGCCUUUAUUGAACGUGUCAGUAUCCUGAAACGUGCCCAACCAUUUUGGGAUCCAAGAACGUAA